UAUUGUUUUUUGUUUUUUUACAGCUACAUCAGCCAGGUGACUGCGUGAAAGAAAUAGCAUCGUGAGAUAGAGUAAACGCUACAUACUGCAAAAUGUAUCCAUUCGGUUCCGGCAUGCCACAGCCACAAUCCAAUUCGCCAUAUCACCAAAAUCCCAAUCCCGGCGCGCCACUUGGCGUCCCUUUCGGCGCUGGUUGGGUUGCGCCUGCACAACAACACUUCAACAACUCUUCUCCACACCACAUGCCACAACAACAAAAUAGUUUACACUAUCAGCCAUUACCCACACAUCAACAACAACAACAACCAUAUCCCCCUCCUACUAACAACACACUGUCACAUUCCCAUCAUCCCCAACACCAAGCACCAUAUCCAUCGAUGGCACCGAUGGGUUCGCCGCAUAGCGCACCCUAUCCGGGCUCUUCGUACCCACAUAAUCCGCAACAUGCACAAGCACCUUAUCCUUCUGCAUCGGGUACGCCCACACAUUCGCCCUAUCCCGCACACACAGCCCAUUACACGCAUCCGGCUACGCAUCCUUCUUAUGCGCCAACACAUGGAUAUACGCCCGUACCGACAUCCGGCGGUUAUGAAUCGCCAGCCGGCAAUAUAGCGCACUGUUUCCAAGAGUUAGCCCACCGGCAGGGUCAUUCUUCGCUGCAUCAGCAUCAACCGUUUGCCCGAAGAGAGGGCACACCAACUGUAUUACCAGCACAAAACUUUGAUCCAGUCAAGGAUGCUCAUGAUUUGCGCAAGGCCAUGAAAGGUUUUGGCACCGAUGAAGAUGCCUUGAUAAACAUAAUUUGUCGUCGUUCCAACGAGCAGCGUCAGGAGAUUCAACGUCAAUACAAAACACACUUUGGCAAGGAUCUCAUCGAAGAUGUUAAAUCUGAAACCAGUGGAAAUUUCGAGAAAUUGCUUGUCGGACUCCUACGUCCAAUUGUUGACUUUUAUUGCGCCGAAAUGAACGAUGCGAUGGCAGGAAUCGGCACAGAUGAGGAAGUGCUCAUCGAAAUACUAUGCACAUUGUCGAAUGUAGAAAUACACACUAUUAAGAAUCAGUACUUGCGCUUGUAUGGCGCCCACUUGGAAUCCGAAUUGAAAUCGGAGACUUCUGGCAACUUUAAGCGUCUCUUAGUUUCACUAUGCGCAGCAGCACGGGAUGAGAGCGGCCAAAUAGAUCCAGUUGCAGCGCAGGCCGAUGCACGUGAGCUGCUCAAGGCAGGUGAAUUGCGUGUAGGCACCGACGAAAGCAUGUUCAAUAUGAUAUUGUGCCAACGUAACUACCAACAGCUGAAACUGAUAUUCCAAGAAUACGAAAAAAUGACCGGUCACACACUGGAAAAAGCCAUACGCAAAGAAUUCUCUGGUGACAUAAUGGAGGGACUGGUUGCCAUAUACAAGUGUGUCACCAACAAGACGGAGUAUUUUGCUUCGCGUCUGCACAAAAGCAUGGCAGGCAUUGGUACGAAUGAUAAACAAUUGAUACGUGUCGUGAUCACGCGCUCGGAGAUUGAUAUGGCUGAUAUUAAGGCACAAUACGAGCGCAUGUACGGAAAGAGUCUGAAGAGCUGGAUUAAGGGCGACACAUCUGGCCAUUAUAAGCACGCUCUAUAUGCACUCGUUGGCGAACAACGCUCUUCCUAAAUUUUACAUUCGGCGCUUAAUAUUUAUGUACACAAAAAUUUAUUAUAAGCAUAUUUGUAUAAUGUUGAAGGUUUGAGAAAAAUUUCGCUUGAUGUCAACAAAAUGUCCUUUAAUUGUAUGAAUGUUCGAAUAUACAUAUUUACAUACAUACAUA